CAAAUAAUAAUAAAAAAAAAAUAGUAUGAUCCGUCCCCCAUGCUUGUCCUCUGUUGCGUGAUGUCCACUCCGACGGCUUGUAACCUUCGAUUUCCAUCACAUUCUGUUAAUGGAUGGAUGGAAGGUGAGUAAUGCCACCACCACCUCGGUGGUCCAUCCCACCAUGACCAUGCCUUUGCUCGCGCGAUUCCCCUUCUCCAUCCCCCUGCAAACCCUAAACCCUACUAAACCAAAUACUCGUCUCCGUUCCCCAUGGCCCGUCUUCCUCCUCAUCCAGACCGGCUCCAUCUCCAGCCUCAAGGUAGCCUGGCGCAAGGACCGCCUCCUCGACUCCGCCAUCGAGCGCGACAAGCGGUGGCGCCUCUGCGCCCGCGUCGUCCGCGAGGUCCUCAACGAGCCCGGCCACGCCAUCCCCCUCCGCUACCUCGAGAAGCGCCGCGAACGCCUCCACCUCCCCGUCAAGGUGAAGACCUUCCUCUCCCGCUACCCCAACCUCUUCGACCUCUACCCCGACCGCAUCAAGCCCAAGACCGAGCCCGUCCCCUUCCUCCGCCCCUCCCCCCGCCUCCGCUCCUUCCUCGCCCUCGAAGCCUCCCUCCGCGCCCGCCAGGAGCCCCUCGUCCUCGCCAAGCUCUGCAAGCUCCUCAUGAUGUCCAGGGACAGGGUCAUCCCCGCCGAGAAGCUCCUCAACGUCAAGCGCGACUUCGGCUUCCCCGACGACCUCCUCACCUCCCUCGUCCCCAAAUACCCCCACCUCCUCCGCCUUGUCGGCAGCCCCGGCGAGGGCAGAUCCUUUCUCGAGUUGGUCUCCUGGAACGAGGAGUAUGCCAAGUCCGUCAUCGAGCAGCGGGCCGACGAGGAGGCCCGCCUGACUGGCGUCCGGAUGCGGCCCAACUUCAUCGUCCGCCUACCCCCGGGGUUCUACCUCAAGAAGGAGAUGAGGGAGUGGGUCAGGGACUGGCUGGAGCUUCCCUAUAUAUCGCCGUAUGCUGAUGCCUCCGGGCGGCACCCGGCCUCGCCGGAGAUGGAGAAGAGGAUGGUCGCGGUGCUCCACGAGGUGCUCUCGCUCUCGCUGCUCAAGAGGGUGGCGGUGCCGGUUCUGGGGAAGUUCUGCGGGGAGUACCGUUUCUCGAAUGCGUUUGCUAACACCUUCACGAGGCACUCGGGGAUCUUCUAUGUGUCGUUGAAGGGAGGGAUCAAGACGGCGAUGCUGAGGGAGGCGUAUGACCAAGGGGAGCUGGUGGACAGGGAUCCUUUGCUGGAGAUAAGGGAUAAGUUUGUGGAGAUGAUGGAGGAGGGGUACAAUGAGUACAUGGAGAGGUUGAGUACGAAGAGGGAGGCGAUGCAGAAGGACUUGGAGUUGAUGGCGAAGAGGAAUGCUGAGCUGUCCGAGGAUGACAACAGCGAAAGGCUGUGACCCUUUCUUUUUACAAUUAGCCAUCUUCUCAAAUGGUGUUGGAAAAUUCUCUUUUAUCUCAUGUUAUAGAGGUUUACUUAGAUUCAAACAGAACCGGGAGAAUUGUCGAUUUGAAAAAUUGCUCAGAGAUCUAAUCUUUUCACUAGGGGUUGCGGCUUCUGAUGUAAUUUUAUGGAUUCUAUAUCACCUAUGACAAAUGGUUAUCAUGUAAUCUGAAGAGGGGAGCUUUAAUAUUAUUACUUGGCCUUGCUUAUCUAUGCAAACAGAUGCCUGCAGUCGGAUGUAUUGUUUCAAAUUUUCAAUCAAGCAAGCAAGUAUGAAGAAGAACCUUGAGCAAUAAAAAGAACAGCUCCAAUAUCGGAAGCAAUAGUUAGAUGGUUUCACAUGUAUUGUGUCGGUCACUUAUUAUCUUUCCUUAAGAUAUCACAAGCUGUCUGAGUCGUGAAGAUAUUGGGGCACCAAUAUAUUUUUCAGUAUCAGCGUAUGAGGUAUGUAGGACUUUGUUAAACUCUACAAUACCUUGGACUGCCAUCUCCACUUGAACGCUCAGUUAUUCCAAUGCAUUUGAAUUUUCUUCAGCAUUAGCUUUUUGAGCUUGGGUGCCAACAUUUUCAACUGAAAGGUAUAUUUUCUCCUUUGGGUUUUGGUUUGACAUUGUUUCUCUCGGCAUCCAUGGAAAGAAUUUGAAUUUUGGAUUUGGCAGGACCAGAGCCUUUGUCCUGGUUUAUAUUCUCUACCUUAGAAUUUCCAUCAAGAAGUCCAUUGACUGUUGAUUCGAUUAUUCCCACUUCCAGAGAUUCUGCAGUAUUCAUGUCAUACAGCUUUUUGAUCACUAAUGGGGCAUCGGCAUUUUUUUUUUUUUUUUGCUUCUAGAAUACGAUUUUCCUUGCAUUUCACAAUAUUUUCUAAUUCCUUUAUUUUUAAUACUUGUUCAUCCAACAAUUUUCUUAAAUGGAAUAACUUUUUCAAGUUCUCACCAUUCUCAAGCUGCUGAACUUGAGUUGUAGCAAGAGCUGCUCCCCUCAAUAAGUCCAAGUUUUACUUCAGUUCCACCUCUAUUUGCUGUGCAUCUUUUAGCCUCUUUUGCAGGUCCGCAAUUAAUGCUUCUCAACAAAGACCUUCAUAGCCUGCUCCAUGUGUUUAUGUAUUUCCUUGAAGAAAUGAAUCCACAAUGUUUUUGAUGUACUUAGAUGCAUCUUGUAGUGAUUUGCAACCAUCCAGAAGGAAAUGUGUCAAAUCAAUAAUUGUCUUCUCCCGCUCAUCAGAUGAUACACUGAUUUCUGCAUCUCUUGCAGCGACAAGAUUUGAGAGUUUCGAGUUUUCUUGGAUCAGAAAACACACUUGGUUAUUAAUUCUUUGAUUACCUGUUCUCGAGAGCUCAGAGUUCUCUGCUGAAGACGAGUCAUCUUCCUCAAAGCCCCUUCUUGCUGAAGUGUAGCAAUCUCUUUUUGCAAGAUAAAGAACUGUUUUAACUGUAUCCACCUCAACCUGCUCUGGGACCUGCUCCAUCUCAUGUUGCCAUGUUUUGAGUGUCACCACAUACUCGUAUGCGGACAUUAUCUACAUGGAUAGCCUUUACUGCAAUGAUAUGCUCUUCUGACGAUUCUCUACCAUAUUCAUGUUCUCUAAGAUGUGUCCCAUCAUGUACUUUGUAAGAGUUCCCAAGUAUCUGUUGUUCUCUUGCUUCAGGUUAUCAAGCUCUUCAUUCAAUGUAACUUGUGAUUUCAUAGCUUUAAUCAAGAUUCUGGCAUCCUCAACUCCCUUUCAACAUCACCAAAAACUGCCAAGCUUAUGGGAAAUUGGUGGACCACUUCAUUUAAGCAGGACAUGCUUCAUGCUCAAUUAUUCUGUAUCAACUUUGUCAUUUUUUUCUCCUCUGCCCUCCUGUCACCUUAUGGAAUGGGUGAUGACUUGCGCCGAUCUCAUCCACAAAUGUUUGGUGUCUACAUGUUUGCAGAGGUUCUUGCUUUGCUUUUCUCAAUAUCUGCACUCAUAAUUUUUGUCAGGCUCCCCUGCCUCUCUUCUGCUCGUGUUCCAUAUUUUGUAGCUUUGCUUUCUGUGUUGGCUCUGGGAUCAUAUCCUAUCCUUCUGUUAGUCUAUGAAUGGUUUCUCUUCGCGGCGCACCUUGGCAUGCCUCUGCUGGCUUAUGUUGUAGGCACUGCUUCCUCUGUUUUGCUGCUUGUUUUCUGUUUCGAGCUCCCCAUACGUGGUUUCAUCUCCUGUCUGAACCGAGAGCAUUCUGGUAUAGACCAGACAGCGUUGGAUGUGUUGAUAUCUAAACUGGCAAGUAGAGGUGCCAUCAUCACUGUGGCCAUGUAUUCCCUGAGCCUUGGGCUGCAGUCUGUUGCUCGUUUUUCUGGCAUUCGCAAUUCGAUGUCAGCACAUGUUAUCAUCAUCCUCACCAUCGUAUGGCUGCAGAGUGGUGUCCCAAGUUUGACCCACCCUCCUCAAUUUGAGAGUGUUGCAGCACCUACUCAGAUGUCAGAGCCAUAAUUGAGUCCUCGCUGUGAGUGAUGCCUGUGAAGAACAGUUUAUAUUAGAGUUCUAUGUUUUGUAUUGUUGUGAACAUUUGCUUUCUGUUGCACUCUCGUUUCAGGAUGCUGUUUACUGUUUAAAUUUCAAUGUGGUAAGUUUGUAUUAUUA